UGGAAGGACUAAUAGACAGUAGUAGUAAUCUAUAAAUGUUCAUUCGAGGGAUCGCGUGACUUGUGUGGCGCUCUCUCUCUCUCUCUUCCUGAUUUGUCUCCUCCCUCCUUUCUUCUGCGCCAGCUUCGAAGCUGACAAAGCGAGUGAGAUCGAGAGAGAGAGACUGUGUUAGGACGACGAAAGGAUGGAUCCCGACGCUCUAGCCAAGGCUUUUGUGGAGCACUACUAUACAACAUUCGAUGCAAAUCGUGCUGGUUUGGCGAAUUUGUACCAGGAGGCUUCGAUGCUCUCCUUUGAAGGUCAGAAGAUCCAGGGGGCUCAGAAUAUUGUGGCCAAGCUCACUAGUCUACCUUUCCAGCAGUGCCAGCACGCUAUUACCACCGUUGAUUGCCAGCCUUCCGGCCCCGCCGGCGGUAUGCUCGUCUUCGUCAGCGGAAAUCUACAGCUCGCCGGUGAACAGCACGCCCUCAAGUUCAGUCAGAUGUUUCAUUUGAUGCCAACCCCGCAAGGAAGCUUCUACGUCUUCAAUGACAUUUUCCGGUUGAAUUAUGCAUGAGAAUGAUCAACUGGGAAAUGCAAUGGGAGGGACUAUAUUUGGUUGGAACAUCUGGGACAGAAAUCAGUUUGCUUAAUUCGGUUAGCUUGUAGACAUUAAAAUGGAAUCCUUUUUCUUUUUUCUUCCUAUUUUGUGUUGGUUUACUUGUGUUCUCAAUAUUCUGACUUUGAAAGCAACAGAUUCCUUUGUGGUUGUGAUUGGAUGAUUGGUGAAAAUUUCUCUUUGAAUGUGAUAAAUCUCCGAGAAUGGAAGUAGGCUUUGAGGUUA